AUGGCAACUGACCACCCCUCAUGUAUCGACGCACAACCGCAACCUACGGACUCCCAGUUAGCAGUGAUUCAUGCCCCAAUGGGUGCAAAUUCUGCUGUGGCAAUACACGCUGGACCUGGAAGCGGAAAGACAUUUGUUGUUGUUCGACGAGUGAUCCAUUGGAUAGAAAGCGGACUCUUAGAGCCGGAACAGGUCUUAGUGUUGUCCAUGACCAACAAAGCCGUGAAUUUACUUAGAAGAAGAAUAAGCGAAGCACUUGGUUCAGAAACAGCCGCAAAAGAAUAUGGCAAAGAAGUGUUCUCAUGUUACACGCAGCCUGUUGUGGUGGAUGAUAUUAGUUGGAAGAGCUUUGCAGAUUUGUUCCUGGGCCCUACGUCUGCUUUCAAGGGGAAGAAACUACGUCCUCGGAAACUCGAAGAGAUGAUCAACAGCAUUAGAAUGGAAGAAUUGAGUCUCAAAGAUGCUUCUGAGAAGUAUGGAGUCGGUGAGGAUGUUGUGCGGUAUAUGUUGAACUACCUUUCCCAGAACGGGAUGAUGAGAUACAACGAUUUCAUUUCUGAGGGGCUCCGUCUUCUCCAAGCAUCAUUGGACACCGGUAAGAAAAUUGAAAGGGUUAGUAGGUAUAAAGCAGUGGUAGUAGACGAGUUCCAGGAUAUGCUGCCUUCUUUAUUACAAGUUAUCUAUAAGGUUGUACAAUAUCCUACAGCAAACGAGUCGCUGGAUAAAUUUAAACAUUUGACAGUUGCAGGUGAUCCUAAUCAAUGCAUUUACGAGUUUUUAGGAGCAGAUCCGGGGUCGUUGUUCAACUUGAGUAUGAUAUUACACCCGAGUUAUACAAUUACAGAAAAGACAAUUACAGAGUCCUUUCGAUUAACACCGGAGAUACUUUCUAUGGCUUCCUUUGUGUGUUUGAAACCGUUUAAGCAGCAAUACAAUGAACAGCUUCAAAUAACAUCCGUCCAACGCCCUUUAUUGGCUCCUAUACUUUGCCCGAGUGCUUCAACUAACUUUAUAGGUGAAGAAAUUGCUCGACUUAUAUGUCAACUGGGAGGGUUAUUACGACCAGGGGACUUCGCCAUACUAACCAGAACCAAUAAAGGUACCGAGGAAGUUGCUUCCAACUUGAAACUGAUAGGAUUCAAGUACAAUGUGAUCUCCUCUCAACAACCAUGGGUAACAACUAAUCUACACAUUCUAAUUGAUAUCUUGAGUGUUAUAAACCAAGGAGCAGGAUCAGACUUUAGUUUAAUGUGCAUCUUACUAACAUUGGAUGGCCACACUCGUCCUCACUCAAGACUCUCAAGACUCAUAAAGAAGUAUAACUUAUGGCAAGAAUCAAAGGGGACUGUUGGAGCCAAUGAAUUGGAGUAUUAUAUUAAGAGUAUGCCCGAAUUUAAAGCUCUCUACAAGAGCCAUGACCAAUUAAAGUUAUUUCUUAGGGAAGUGGAGAAGACCAGACAUUUAUUUCAAACUGAUGAAACUCCGUUGCAGGUAUUACUGAGCUUGUAUGACAUUAUUGAAUGCCUGGGGCUUAAGAGUCAUAUUUUAGAAGAUCUGACAUUUUUGGUUACCAAAGACGACAAUGAAAAACCCUACGAAGUUAUCAAAGAAAACCUUAAUUUGUUUUACCAAGCUUUGAGCAAUUAUUACUAUAAUGGAUAUCUACGGAUGAAGAGUUCCGAAAGGUGCAGUAAGUUCCCCAACUUUAUUAGUUACUUCCUAAGGGCAAACACCGACCCGGAGGUACAUUUUACCGAAGAUAAGAUAAAUAUUUCCACCGUUCAUUCGGCAAAGGGCUUAGAAUUCCCCAUUGUCUUUAUAGUUGACGAUGAGAGACAAUUUCAAGGUUCUUCUUGGUUACAGUUAUUGAAGAGUACUGUACCGGGCCGGAAUUACUCCGGAACCAAUCUCUCACAGGAAGCUCGGGUGUUAUAUGUGGCUAUAACAAGGGCCCGGCUUUUAGUUUACUAUAAGGCUUUGGAACAAGUGGAACACAAGGCAUUACUGUAG